CACCGCUCAGUGUCUUGCGAGAUCUGACAGUGGGCGGAGGUCUGUGUCACGGGUCUGAAGGGGUCACGUAACUCAACAUAUCCCUUUCCCCUUGGAUUAUACACGCUUCGAGAGGGAAGAGGAGGCACUGAAGAGUCUUACUGAAGUGGAGUGCUCAGUGCGAAGUGGUUGCGAACGAUGAGGAAGGUGGAUUUAGCGGGACGCGGCGGUGACUCCUCGUAAAAUGACUUCUUUUGCAAUACUACGAGGGCUUCCGAGACUCUGUUCCUGUUGAUGCAUUGGUGUCGCUUUGAAUCUGGACAAAGUCGUGAGCAGCGGAAGAUGAUUUAAACCACGUCGCGUAGACAGCAAAGAUGUGGCGUCACGCGAUGUGGGCGGGGCUGUGGGCCCUGCUGGUCGGGUGGGCAGCCUCGCAGUUUAUUGGAGAAGAAGGACUUAACCCUAUCCAGCAAACGGCAGUCAUCGGCGGCGAGACUCGUGACCUGGAUCAGAUCGGGCCCAAGAUUUUCACGAACAAGACCAACACGACCCUGAACUGUGCCUCCGGGUAUAUGCUCGUCGAUGUCUCCUUCAAAGACCCCUUCUACGGCAUCAUCUACCCCAACGGCUCCAGAAACUCGGCUUGUCGCGUCCAGGGCCAAGGGAAGACCAAGUACCACCUCCAGCUGCCCCUCAAGGGAUGUGGGACCAAGAGGGUGGAGCGGCGGGUGUUCGUCAACAACAUCAUCGUCAGGUUCCACCCCGGCCUGGAGCUGGAGGGCGACGAGGUCAAGACCAUCAUCUGCCGCUACCCGAGCCCCAAGGUCAUCCCUCCGCCGGCGCCGCCCGUCCAAUUAAUUGCCCCGAAGGCGCCGCCCUUGGUCCCGACACCAGUAGGGGAGGUAGAGAUCCUGCUCAUCAUCUGCGCCAUCCUUUUCCUUGCGCUGCUACUGGUGGGCAUGGCGUGCUCCUACACGUGCCUCAAGAAGCGCAACAUCAAGCUGGUGCGGCGGCGGCCCAUGUCGCUCGGCACGGCCUCGGACAUCAGCAAGAUCUCCGGCUCGGCGCUGCUCUUCGACGGUGUCAAGAUCCCGCGGGCGCACGCCACCUCCACCUCGGACUCCGACACGGCGGUGGUGUCCUCCGAGACCCUGCCCUCAGACUACCCCUCCGACCCGCCCUCCAGCGGCUCCGAGGUGGAGGAGCUGGACAUCCGGUCCGUUGAGCGGCGGUCCUCGGCGGCGUCCAGCAGGAUGCAUGAGGAGACCAUCAUCCAGGCCUACCAGAACCAGGCCUUCGUGCUCGAGGAGGACCGCCUCUCCUCCGUGUACUCCGAGGCCCAGAUGCAGAGCGACUCCGAGCUGGUGGUGAUCCCCCACGUGCCCAAGCCGCCCAUGCCGUCCUUCCUGGUGCGCGUGAAACGCGCCCCCACGCCGCCCCGCACGCCCGAGCCGGACUAUCCCGUACAGCUGGCCCAGGCCCAGUCCCUCACCACCAUUGACGAGCGCGACGAGAGCUUCCGCGCCGAGAGUCUGCCCGGCUCCGAGCACGCCCUGCUCGUGUCUGACACAGAGUCGCUGCUGCCGCCGCCCGCCAUCCUGCCGCCGCCAGAGUACGCCCAGACCCACCGUAAGCGAGUGCCUUUCAUCCCGCGGCCGCCGCCUCCGCCCUCCGAGUACAGUUCCGUGGCUCGCUCCGUGUCCGAGCACGAGCUGGAGGUGGAAGUGCACGAGAACGUGCGUCGUGACCUUCGCCGCAUGGAGAACGUGGACCUACUCACCACGGAGACCACCGACGUGCAGGAGACGGUGAUGCGCCACGGCCGUCGCUACAUGGUGCGCCCGCCGCCCUCAGAGCCCGACUCGGAGUACCCCUCGGAGGCCCGCAGCGUGACGGACGUGAUGGAGGAGCUGCCGGUGGUGCCGCGCCGCCCGGAGGUGACGACCCACCUGGUGGACGACCGCCACGUGUCCACCAUCACCGAGACGCACACCACCGAGGACGUGGAGCGGCACCGACGCUUCAUCAAGCAGUACCACAUGAAGCCAAAGCCGCUGCCGCCGCCUAAGUGGGACGUGGCUAUCCGCUACUACCCGGGGCCGAAGUACGCCGACGAGGUGGAGUCUUCGGGGCCGGAGUGGGAGGGCUACAGCGAGCCUGGCUCAGACGUGUUCCGACAGCACCUGUACGACGCCGACGCCGACGACCUGGCCCGUAUGGAGGUGGAGGCCAUGGAGCACCCGCCGCCGCCUAACUGGAACGUGCUGCUGAGGGUGCUGGAGCCGCCGCCCACCGAGCAGGCCGUGACCUACGUGCUGACCCGUGAGGACCGAGAGAAGUGGCGGCAGAUCAUCUCCACCGAGUCGACGCUGCGCACCAUGCUCACCACGGCCACCGUCAGGGAGGACUUCGAGAGGAUUCGCCAUGACCAGAGGUACGAGAAGCUGUUUGAGCCUCCCAAGUGGGACGUGAUCAUCAGGAUCCUCUCUCCGCCCUACACACACGACCGCUUCGACUCCUCCUCCGAGCCGCCCUCAGCCUCCGACACCGAGAGCCUUCCUUCAAGGGAUGGUCGCAGGUUCCGCAAGAAUGACGGCGCCCCCGCCGGCCGCCGCCCGUCCCUGCCGCCGCUCUACGAAUACGACUCUGAGGGCAACCCGUUGGUGAUGCGACGCCCCGGCCCGCCCUCCGCCCGCUCCCGCCGCUCCUCCAAGUCCAGCGUGCACUCCGGCUUGGACGUGCGCUCCAUGACAGAGACGGAGGUGAACUUCGCCCGCGGCCCCGACACCUGGAGCGAGGCCAGCGGCCCCAGCGUGGUGAGCGCCCCGCGCUCCACCGCCGACCGCUCGCAGCCGGAGACCACCUACACCGUGCCCGUACUGCCCGACGACGACUACCCCGACACCGACUUCGACGACCGCAUGUCCGCCCGCACCGGCCGCUCCCUGGCGCGCUCCGCCUCGGAGUUCACCGAGGACUGGCGGCACCACGAGCCUGCGGAAGAGGCGCCGCCGAGUGACGUGAUGACGUCCCCUGAGGGGUCGCCGCGGCCCGUGGACCGCUACCGCCACCACCACUACUACGUGGAGGAGCCGUACGGCGGUGCGAUGGGCGGCGGCUACGUGGUGCGGACGGAGCAGCGGUCAGACCGCGCCACGCAAGACGGGCGAGAGCAGGUGUUCUCCCACAGCCAGACGGAGGUGACGCGCUGGGCCAGCCACCAGUGACACCACAGAGGCACGCGGCACCCUGCCGCCGCGCCUCCAGCUACGCUUCGCUGACGCCCCCCGCCCCUGACCACUGCCACAGCCGCGCCGGUACCGCCGAGGCGCCGCCGGCAGGGCCGCUUGGCCCACAAUGUAUCACGCUGACCGAUUAACAAUCAAACGCGAUGAGUGUGUGUGUGUGUGUGUGUGUGUGUGUGUGUGUGUGUGUGUGUGUGUGUGUGAUGAGGGCCGGCAGGGGCGGGCCGCCACGCCACUAACAGCUGCGGGGCACCGGCGGUGGUCUUAUCGGCUCCUCGCCCACCCAGCCGCCCCGCUCCUCCCGCCGUAGCCAGGCCGGAGCGGGUCGGGGCAAACAGGCUCACGGUUGUCACAGUCCUAGUCAGCAGCAGGCAGAUGUGGCUGCAGCAGGGGAGGAGGCGCCGCUAGGACCGCCGCGCCUCGCCCCGGGGCAGGCAGUCCUCACGCGGGGAGGGAGCAGGGGGUAAUGGUGAGGGUAGUGCGGGGGGGUAGACGGGAGAAUAUUGCCGAGUUGGAGGGCAGAGCGGGGGUUCUCUGGAGGAUCUGGUGAGAGUAAGGGUGAGGGUAUGGGUGAAGGGUGAGGGGCGUGAGGGCUGCCCACACGCGCGUGAGCCCCGGGGCCGAGCAGCUCCCGGCACACGCUAAGGGCCGGACUCGGGCUUACGGUGAACAGGUCGGUGGACGCCACGACGGCCGUCCACUUAACGGUAUAAGUGACUCUGAGACUCACACAGUGUAGGAGCCACGUAGAGGAACACUAACCCGGGUGAUCUGUUGUACUACUAACUUUACGUAAAGUCUUGAACGCGCUGUGAGGUGCGCCAACAAUGUUUUGAUGCAUUCUAAAACAUGCAGAAGAGUGAGUGACACACGGUACAAUUAUACAUUUAUGGACGAUUAAAAAAAAUAACACGAGGUUUGCCAAAACUUACAACUAUGUAUCCUUUUAUACCAUUCAGCCUUUUACUUUUUGUAACAUUUUAACUCUUAAUGGUAAUGUUGUGCUGAGAGGCAGGCGAUGACGUAACCUGAAGUAACCUGCCUCAUUAAUGCCACCUGUACUAAUGACCCAAGAGUGACGUCACGCACCCGUCACAGCCCAACACUACCACUAACACCACGAGGGCCUCUGCUCACUCCGGACGUCACGCUAACCAUUCCCUGUAGUUUUACGGACGUCCCCAGUCACGACGCCGCUACAUAGACUUGAACUAACCAAUCAGGAGCCUUCUUGGUGACGUCACAAGCUCAACCAACCAACCACAGGCAUUACUUUUCCCGAAGGCUGAAAAUUUUGACUCCGGAAAGAAAGUUUGAUGGAGACAACAAAACGGAAUAUAUUUUUGGGGUAAAGUUACACAGAAAAUAAGGACAUGAUAUUAUUGUUGAAUAACUGAUUACAUGGACACAAAAAAGAUGAAUAAGUUUUUUUGGGGUAAAGUUAACUCAGAAAAUAAGGACAUGACAUAAUGUUCAGUAAUUAUUUUUUGUUAUGGAAGAAAAAAAAAAAAUCUGACACGAAAAAAAUAAAGUUGAAUAUAUUUUUUUUUACGAAUGCGAAGGAAAGAGAAACGUCGGAAAAUUUGUGAUUCUUACUAUACGGAAAUCAAUUGAAAGGGAAAGUACCUGACACGAUGUUUGCAAAAAUGUUUAAAACUACAAAAUCAAGCGAGCAAUAAAUCCCAUGCAACAACCACUCCACGUGUGUGUGCGUGCGUGUGUGUGUGUGCGUGUAUGUGUGCGCGUGUGUUUGUGUGUGUUUAAUAAUGCUUUAAACCCACCAGCCAUAAUAGACUUUAAUGAGAAAACAAA